AUGUAUCUUCAACGUCUCGGUUUCGCUGCUUGCGCUCUGUUCCUCGGGGCCAGAGCGAUCGACACCAUUACUGUCCCGGAUGUCAUCACUGCCGACGUUGCUUUCACCUUGACCGUUACCCCUAAGGACACUACUCCGGGAAACUACAGAAUCUAUUUGGAUACUACACCUCCCGGCUAUGCCGGUGGUCAAUCUUUCAACCUCACCAUUCCCGCCGAUUUUGGCCCCGACGGCGAUUUCUACUCCAUCUCGACCCGUGACCUCUCCGACUCGGACACCGAUGCCAGCUACGUCUUCAGCAACGCCUUCAACCUCACAGGCGCAAGUGGAAACUACUCGGAGUACGAGAAUAAGCUGAACGGCGCACCCCUCUGGGACGCUAACAGCCUCCCCUGCACUGCCUAUGAUUGCGCGCGCAACUGUGCUCAAGACUCUUACCCCAAGGACAUGAUUCCUGGCUCUGACGCUUUCAACACCAUGCGCGCUUGCAUUAUGAAGUGUCCUGGUGUGGAGAAGGAGACGAAGACUUCUUCUGCUACUUCUAGCACUGCUACUGUGACUAAAUCUGGCUCUUCGGGUUCAUCUGCUAAGGCUACUAGUACUUCUAUUUCUGGUGAUUCUGCUUCUACUUCUAGAAGCUCUGCUGCUGCUACUUCUUCCGGCGCUGCUGUUUCCAACAUGUUUCCUGCGUCUUUGGCUGUUGCUGGAGGACUUGCUGCUUUCUUCCUGUAA